AUGAUAUCUAAAAUAAAUUCAAAAUGUCAAAUGAUUCAAGGAAAUAAAAUAGGUAAAGAUUAUAUAGGCAAUAUUUAUUACGAAAUUCCUGCAGACCCCAGCAGGGGCAAACGUAAGCCAUCUCGUUGGUAUGACCCUCCUAAAGGUCUAGAUUUCGAGGAUCCUAUCCCUUCUGAAUGGGAAUCAUGGUUAAGAAUGAGAAGGAAAGAACCACCAACAGAGGAUGAAGUUGCACAAAAUCUUGCUCUAGCUAAAAUGAAACAAGAAAAUGCAGCUCAAUUAGAAGCUAAAAGAUUAGCGGAUGGUGGUUCUCUGCCCACACCUCCUGAGAGAGGUCCUCAGUCAUUUCCUAAAUAUUCCGAAUACCACUCUGGCGAUCCAUCUAAAUCACAUAAAAAA